AGGAAGCCAUGGAGCAGCUGGAACAAGCACUCACGUCUGUACCAGUACUCAUCCUGCCAGAUCCCGAACGCGACUACGUCAUCGAAGCUGAUGCCAGCGACCAGGCAGUGGGAGCAGUCUUGAUGCAAGACCAGGGGAAUGGACUGCAACCAAUCACCUACCUCAGCAAGAAACUACACGGGGCAGAACUAAACUACCCGAUACACGGCAAAGAGGCCCUUGCUAUUGUCAUCGCCUUCAAAGCGUGGAGAUGUUAUCUCGAAGGACGAAGAACAACCGUCUACAGCGACCACUGCAGCCUUAAAUAUUUGAAGACACAACCGAAUCUCUCUAGGCGACAGGUCCGGUGGAUCGACUUCCUCGAGACACACUUCCACUACGACAUCGUGUACAAGCCCGGCCACAAAAACAAAGCGGACACCCUUAGCCGGCCUGCACACAUUGCCGCUAUCCAAGCUGGACACUUCGGUAGCAACAAGACGCUGACCGGUAUCGUGAAGCACUACUACUGGCCCCACUUGGCGGAAGAUGUUCAGAAAUUCGUCACCUCGUGUGAUACAUGUCAACGGAUGAAGAGUAGCAAGCAGAAGAGGGCGGGACUGCUACAGCCUCUUCCUGUCCCAGAACAACCAUGGCAAGUGGUUAGCCUGGAUUUCAUCACCGGGUUACCACCUACCACCUGUGGACAUGACGCAAUACUUGUCUUCAUCCACAAAUUCUCCAAAAUGGGACACUUCAUCCCGACACACACGACAGCACGCACCGAAGAGAUGGCACAACUCUUUGUUCGGUACAUCAUCUCACAGCAUGGCAUUCCAACCACACUCAUCUCCGACCGAGACCCCAAGUUCACCAGCAAGUUCUGGAAGGAACUCAUGUCUCUGCUCGGGACCAAACUCGCCAUGUCAUCCGCCUAUCAUCCGCAGACAGACCGACAGACCGAGCGCCUCAACCUGAUUGUUGAGCAACUCCUCCGAGCAGCCUGCAAGGACGAGAUCUCCAAAUGGGACUUGCACCUGCCCGUCCUAGAUUUUGCUUACAAUAAUGCUACACAUGCCGCUACUGGACAGACACCGUUCUUCCUCUACUACGGACGCCACCCACUCACACCACAGAAACCGACCACAUCAGCAACAGUCACUCCUGUUACCUUCCGCUUACGCCUGCCAGCUACCUGGAAGAUCCACAACGCCUUCCAUGUCCAACUGCUGAAGCCCUAUUGGGAUCCGAACACCAUCUUUGUCGGACACCAACCGCCGCCGCCGCCACCCGUCCUCGUCCAGAAUGAACCCGAGUACGAGGUCCAGUCCGUGCUUGCACACCGCCGUCGUCGGAAUGGUUCCAUCGAGCUUCUUAUUCGUUGGAAGGGUUAUGAUCCUUCCGAGGACAGCUGGGUACCUGAGACCGACAUGGGUAACGCCCGUCGUCCUCUGCAUGACUACCUUGAACGCCACUGAGUUUGUGGGAAGAAAGGCAUACGCAUGGU